AGCGGCCCCGCGCCAACGGCUGCGGCGGUGGUGGCACCCACGGCGCGCUCCGCAACGGCUUCGUGCGCGGCCCGCCCGGCACCCAGAUAAAUCAUAUUGUGCACAAUGGAGGAUUAUACAAAAGGCCUUUCAAUGAAGCUUUUGAAGAAACACCUAUGCUGGUUGCUGUGCUGACCUAUGUAGGCUAUGGUGUUCUCACUCUCUUUGGAUAUCUGCGAGAUUUCAUGCGGCAGUGGAAGAUUGAGAAGUGUCAAAAUGCAACAGAAAGAGAAGAACAGAAGGACUUUGUCCCAUUGUACCAGGACUUUGAAAAUUUUUACAACAGAAACCUCUACAUGCGCAUUCGGGACAGCUGGAACCGUCCGAUCUGUAGUGUGCCAGGGGCCAAAGUGGACAUGAUGGAGAGAGUAUCCCAUGACUAUAACUGGACAUUCACAUACACAGGGAGAGUGAUAAAAGAUAUCAUAAAUAUGGGGUCCUACAACUACCUUGGGUUUGCACAGAAGACUGGGCCUUGCCAAGAAGCAGCUGCUAAAGUUCUGUCUCAGUAUGGAGCUGGGGUGUGCAGCACUAGACAGGAGAUGGGAAACUUGGACAAGCAUGAGGAGCUGGAAAAGCUAGUUGCCAGGUUCCUAGGUGUGGAAUCUGCAAUGGCAUAUGGAAUGGGAUUUGCAACCAACUCUAUGAACAUUCCUGCUUUAGUUGGCAAGGGCUGUCUGAUUCUGAGUGAUGAACUGAAUCAUGCAUCACUAGUGCUCGGAGCAAGAUUGUCAGGAGCAACUAUUCGAAUCUUUAAGCACAACAAUAUGCAAAGCCUGGAGAAGCUGCUCAAAGAUGCUAUUGUGCAUGGGCAACCUCGUACACGGAGGCCCUGGAAAAAAAUUCUUAUCUUGGUGGAAGGAAUAUACAGUAUGGAGGGAUCCAUAGUCCGUUUGCCUGAGGUGAUUGCCCUUAAGAAGAAGUACAAAUCCUAUCUGUACCUUGAUGAAGCUCAUAGUAUAGGUGCCCUGGGUCCCAGUGGCCGGGGUGUAGUGGAGUAUUUUGGACUCAAUCCUGAAGAUGUGGAUGUUAUGAUGGGAACAUUCACCAAAAGCUUUGGAGCUGCAGGAGGAUACAUUGGGGGCAAGAAGGAACUGAUUGAUUACCUCAGGACAUACUCUCACAGUGCUGCGUAUGCAACAUCAAUGUCACCUCCUGUUGUAGAGCAAAUCAUCACCUCUGUGAAGUGCAUUAUGGGUGAAGAUGGUACAACUAUUGGGAGAGCACGUGUGCAGCAGCUAGCGGAGAACACGAGAUAUUUCAGGAGACGACUGAAAGAGAUGGGCUUUAUCAUCUAUGGAAAUGAAGAUUCCCCUGUUGUGCCUCUGAUGCUGUACAUGCCAGCAAAAAUUGGUGCGUUCGGGCGUGAGAUGCUGAAGCGGAACAUCGGUGUUGUGGUCGUGGGCUUCCCUGCCACCCCCAUCAUCGAGUCCAGAGCCAGAUUCUGUUUGUCUGCAGCACAUACCAAAGACAUGCUUGAUACAGCUUUAAAAGAAAUCAAUGAAGUUGGGGACCUUUUACAACUGAAAUAUUCCCGUCGCCGUUUGGUACCUCUGUUGGACCGGCCGUUUGACGAGACAACGUAUGAAGAAACAGAAGACUGAACUCCCUCCACGUGCCUCAGUGGGAGGGACACACCCAUGGGACACUCCGUGGCACACAGGCCACUACAUCCGUGAACAACACACUUCUGACUGCUUAGUAUAACAGACAUUUCCUCACAAUACUGAAGUGGCCACAUCAGCUCUAAAUGGCAUUUUGUAAAUAGAGAGAGGAGAAAAAAAAUAUUUGAUUUCUAUGUCUUCAGGGUCUGGCCCUAGAGGUGCUUGGCUUUAUUUUUUUUUCCUGUUUUUUUUUUUUAUUUAUUUGUCUCAAUGAAUUCACAGCAACCCAAGUUGUCCAUGGCUGAUCAGUUCAGACUUUGUAUGCACCAUUAGCCUCCCAAAUGCUGGCUGAGAUGUUGUGAGCAUGUGUGACGCUGGCAUGGCAGCAUUUUCAGUGUCACUGCUAAGUGUCUGAUCUUCCAAAUAAGGAAUGAACUGACCUGUCUGUUUCUGGAGACUUCCUAGAGAAACUAUUGAUUGCUAACUUUGACAUAUUUUAACAAGAUGGGUAAUCAACCAAAGUUGUUGGGUUUUUUUUUCAUUUGCAGUUACUUAUGUUUAAAACUUGAAUUUAGCCUUUUUAAAAUAAAUGUGUUGUUGACAUGUCACUGACAGGACCAUUGUUCCCAAACAUUAUUUAAUUUUGUAAGCCACAGGCAGAAGGACUUCUGGAACUGUAGCCUCUUUUCCUUCCCAGUAUGGAUACCAGAUUGUCUCCUGGUUUUGACACUAAUUGUCCCUUUGAUAGAGGGUAAGUGAUGGAGAGGGGUUUGUUUUGCUUUGUUUUUAAUACUUCUGUUUAAAAAAGAAAAAAAAGAAAAAAUACGGGUGUUGUGUGUGUUGCCUUCUCACCUUCAGGUUAGUUUCUCUUGCUUUAGAAUUAUCCUAAAGUCAUGAAUAAAUCACUAAGUCCUAGAAGGGUUUAAACAAACUAAAGCAAGUCUCCUGCUUAGUCUUAAGACUAAGCCCCCUCAAUAAGCAGGCCUAUACGAGGGGUGACUAUUAGGAGACCCAUCUAUUUCAUGGAGGUCAUGUGAAAGACUGCUGCCCUUUGCUAUGCUAACUCACUGUUUCUUGUCAUCUGUGAGGUGUUCUUCACUGGCCCUUACACAUAUUGACAGCUUGAAUCUUGUAGUCAUACAUUACAUUUUGGCUGGCCAGCAAAGUCCCCAUUGGCAACUGCAUGUCCAUAGACCUUCCCUGAAGAGAGAGAAUGUCCUCACAAUUGCAUUUAGUUUGAUAUCUUUAUUCUUUUGUACUUCUGUUACUGAUCAACACUGCUCAAAUGAGUGUUGGCUGAGCCAGUUACUGCUUAGAGUCUUUAUUUGCAAGUUUCAUUCUGUCCCUCUGUUUCAAAUAGAUGCCUUUGCUCUAACACACCUUAGAACUGGUCUGCUACUUAGUCUUUACAUCUUGAAUUCUUUCAGUGAACAGAGUGGAUCAACAAAAAGGUACCAAAAUUUUAAAUAUGAGUCAAUUGCAGUAUAGUUUGUUUCUGUAUUUUGUAUUUAGACAUUCACAAUUUCUGCAAAGAUAGUAAAAUGUUAACAUGGUGUCAAUUGAGUUGGGCCAGCUCCUCAGAGUUAGCAAGAUAUUUUUUGCAGGUUACUGAGGUUUUAGAAACAGACUUAUCAUCAUAAUAGUAAAGCAGAGAGCAACUCAAAGCUCUUUGUGUGGUGCUGAAAAAAAAAAUUAUUCUUUUAAAGUUCUUCAGUGUUCACUCUGUAACUAACAGGGAGGGAGUGUUUUGGCCACUAGAACCAAGCAGUUCUGCAAAUACAUGUGGUGAGUUAAAGCAGAAUUGUCUUCUGUUUUAUAGACUGUCUAACUUCAUGCAUUUAUAGAUCUUGUUACAUUUUAAUGUAAUGGAACUUCAAAACACUGGUUCAUUUUUUUACCAAUGAAUUUCAGAAAUUUAAUUAUAUGAGAAGAACUGAAAUUGACUGUUUGAAAAUAAGUCCACAUAACUAUUUCCGUCUUAGUCCAUUAAUGUUGGUUGGCUCUUCUUGUGGAGCUGAGUGAGUGCAGAGUCUGAGAAGUCUGUAUGUGCAUCUUGGAUAGCUAUGAAAUAAUCUCACGUGUUGAGCCAGAGUGAAUAAACAGCAGUUAGCUGA